AUGGAGGAGGCUCUGCGGCACCCUUCCGUGGUGGAGUCCUUUCCUAGCAACAGGGCUGGUGCGCCUGUUCCCAACCGCGAUGCCCAGCCAGCCGGGUACCACCAGUACGCGCGGACGUUCAGUGGCCGUAAUCCAUGGGCGCCCUUCCAAAAUCGGAUCGACUGGGCUCUUGCUCGCUGGGCGAAGCUUCGAGGGCCCGGCUCUAACGCGUUCACGGAGCUGUUGAAGAUCGAAGGUGUACCCGAGGCCCUUGGGCUAUCAUACCGCAACACCAUCGAGCUGAACAAGCUCAUCGAUGAGCACAUCCCUGGUCGUCCAAGGUUUCAACGCCGUGAGAUCAUAGUCUCGGGCGAAGCCUUCGAGGUCUACUUCCGCGACGUCAUUGAGUGCAUCCGGGCGCUGUUUGGUGAUGCUGAGUUUGCCCAAUACCUUGUCUUUGUCCCGGAACGACACUGGGUAGAUGCCCGUAAGACUAUCCGUCUAUACCAUGACAUGCAUACAGGAAAGUGGUGGUGGGCUACUCAGGUGGACCUUGAACGCUCGCAUCCAGGCGCAACAAUCAUUCCCGUCAUUCUCUCAUCCGACAAGACGCAGGUCACGUUGUUCCGCAACAAGGUCGCGUACCCGUUGUACAUGACCAUUGGCAACAUCCCCAAACACAUCCGGCGAAAGCCAUCGCAGCGCGCGUGGGUCCUCCUUGCUUAUCUCCCCGCUUCUCGCAUGUCGCAUAUCAUGAACAAGGCUGCUCGUCGCCGUGUUGUUGCCAACGUUUACCAUGCUUGUGUGCGCCGUAUCCUCCACCCUCUCAAGGAUGCAGGGAUUGAGGGUGUGGAGAUGAGCAGUGCGGAUGGUGCUGUCCGCCAUACUCAUCCCCUGGUGGCAGCCUUCUCUGCUGACUACCAGGAGCAGACGCUCACUACUGGUGCAAAGACGGGGGAAUGCGCUACCUGCGAAGUUCCCCCAAAUGAGCUUGGUGAUGGCUCGGAUACCCAGUACCCAAUCCGUAACAUCAGGCGCAUCCUAGAUGCCCUUGCUCUGGCUGAUGGACCACCUGACGAGUUCCGGCGUGCAUGUCGCGAGGCAGGGAUCAAACCCAUCUAUAAGCCCUGGUGGCAGGAUCUUCCUUACUGCGAUAUCUUCCUUGCUAUCACCCCCGACAUCCUUCAUCAGCUGCUUCAGGGCUUGAUCAUGCAUAUCAUUGCAUGGGUCAUUCUAGCCUACGGGGCUGCUGAGAUUGAUGCUCGCUGCCGCCGGAUGCCUCAGAACCAUGGAGCCCGCUUCUUCCUCAAUGGCAUCACAACGCUCUCGCAUCUCUCUGGCCAAGAGCGGGAGGACAUCUGUUGCAUCCUCCUUGGCCUCAUCAUUGAUCUCCCUCUUCCUGGUGGCCUCUCCCCUGUCCGGCUUGUUCGCACUGUUCGCGCCAUCCUCGACUUCCUCUACCUUGCUGGGUACCCUGCUCACACUUCCAAGACCCUGGACUUGAUGGAUGAUGCUCUGAGUCGCUUCCAUGCGAACAAGGACAUCUUCAUUGACCUGGGCAUCCGCUCCAACUUCAACCUACCCAAACUGCACUGGGUCUCAAAGCAUUGGCGCCGUGCAAUCGAGUACCUUGGGACCUCUGACAAUUUUGACACCCAGUACACCGAGCGCCUUCACAUCGACUUUGCAAAGCAGGCUUACCGUGCGACAAAUCACAAGGACGAGUUCCGUCAGAUGACGCGUUGGCUGGAGCGCAAGGAGAAGAUCAUGCAGCAUGAACGGUUUGUUGCCUGGCGCCUUGCUGGAGCUACUACCCCUUCCCUCCCCAAUCCUGUGCUUCAGCCUCCUCAGCCCACCAUCCAUCUCUCCAUGACCAAGCAUCCAUCUGUUGCAUCAGUCAGCAUCCGCGAACUGGUCAAUGACUAUGGUGCCACAUAUUUCCUUGCUGCUAUGGGGCGGUAUGUGGCACAGAUCAGAUAUCCACACAUUCAGACCCGCAGGCAGCUUGAGGAGGAGGCGAGGAACAUAUGGCUCCCUUUCCACUCUGUUGGUGUCCACCACAAGGCCCACUUCUGGCUUGGUGAUGCAGAACAUUUCCAGCCUAUGUCUGAUUCCUGGGAUGUGGCUCAUGCAAAGCCCUCCUGGAAGAACAAGCAUGGCUUGGAGAUACCUGCGCGGUUUGACACAGUGCUUGUCAACACUGAUGAAGGAGGCUACUCAGGUGUCAAAGGUUAUUGUGUGGCUCAAGUGCGUGUGAUGUUUCACACACCAAAGACAGCACACACCACAAUAUUUCCUCUGGAGCACCAAUCUCCCAAGCAUUUGGCAUAUGUUGAGUGGUUCACUGAUUUUGCCAAUGCUCCAAACCCUGUCCAUGGGAUGUACAAGGUAAAGCGCGAGGUACAGAAUGGUGAGCGCCUUGCAAGUAUUAUUCCUGUGAAAAACAUCAGGCGUACUGUACUGCUUUUCCCUUCAUUUGGGCCAGUUGCACCCCAUGAUUGGACCACUAGUAAUGUUCUAGAAGAAUCCCCUACCUUCCAUGUUGAUAGGCACCUUGACCGUCAUAGCUUUGUUGUUGUACAGUAG